GGUGGCUCGUGGCACCCGUAGGUUCCAUUGCGGUGGCGCGGGGAAUCCAGACGGGCAGAGGCGCUGGGCGACCCGGCACUUGGGCCUGACUUGGGGGCGCCGCAUGGCCAGCCCCGCGCGCUCCGGCUUCCCCGAGCGGACGAACAGCCGCUUGGAUGCGUUCCUGCGGCGGCGUCUGCCGCCGGAGGUCUACGAUGCCAUCCGCGCCUACGAACCGUGCAUCGUGGUGUCCGACUCAGAGAAGCACACCUUGAAGUACGUGGUGCUCAGCGAUCGGCUCAUCUACCUGACCGAGAACCCGCCCAAGUCCAUCCGGGGGGUCGUGGCGUGGCGAGACAUUGUAGCCAUUGACUUGAUUGAUGAUUACCCAGAAUUUUUGAGAUCACCAGAUAGAGAAACCAACCAACACAUUCGUAUCCUCUAUUCUUCAACUGUUUUGAAAAAAGAGGAUGAAAAGCAAAAAGGUGUCAGGAAAUUAUUAUUUCCAUUUCAUCAUGCCAAUGCUAACAACAAAAAAGUUAAUGAAGAGAAUAAUAACCCUAUUUAUUGGAGAAGAAAAGAGUCUAGAAGUCUGGAUGAACUGUAUCUCAGGUGCGACCAGGAGAGCAGAACACCAUCAAAGGACCCAAUGCUUUGUCCUUCAGCCUUCAGGAAACUGUCACUUGGUGGCCAAGGUGCCUUUCGACCCUUACCUUCCCCCUCCAGGACAAGUAGUCAAUGCACAGCAGCUUCUGGCAAGGCUGUCAGCUCACCAUCUUGUACAAAAAUCCCAGAAGAGGCCCAGGGAUUUCCAGACUACACAGAUUUUCCAAGUGAUGUCGCUUUCACCUGCGACAGGAACAGAAAUGAGUUUAAUUUUGGAAAUACUCUCCUAGCUUACCCUUUACAGAGCAAUUCCAACCCAGAGAAAAAGGAGCUGGAACUUCAUUUGUAUAUUAUUUCUAAAACUUCAUCAAUAUUCCUGUACUUAAAAAGUUCAUGGAACAAUUAUAUUAUAAAGGCUACUCUUUUACAAGAUCCUGUGUAUGCUAGUGAGUAUAGUGCUGUUACAGGAAGUCAAAAGCCAUAUAGAUCUGAAGAGAAGAUUAAACACUUCAGUCAACUGAAAUCUGAACUAUUUCUUAAAGACAAUACUUUGAGGAAGAUACUUUGUUUAAUUACAGAACUUAAAGUAGCAGCCCAGAAGAAUUUCAUUCUGAAAAGGCUUUUCUGGAAAACCAAUGACUUUUUCUAUUUCUUAGUGAACAAACUUCAUGAGUACUUGCCAGAGUCUAAGGAUAAAAAUGCACUUCAAAAUAAAAGUCAAAGGGCUGAUGAGUUGGCGGCAUGCAUUGAAAUUAUACAAACUCUAGGACUGAUGUUCAGAGAAACAGAAGUUGAAUUAUCACGUCUGAAUACACUGGCAGCUAAGAAGGGAAUGCUCUUUAAUCUCUUGGUCAUUUUAAUUAGUAAGCCUCAGAUUCCAAAAUCUUGUCCUGUGUUUGACAUCCAGUUGGUGGCUGAUGCAACUUUAGUUGAAAUGUCUUUUGAUGCUGAGUUACAGAAGCUUAUUCUGGAAUACACUGAUACAGCUACAGCACUUUUAUACGAGAUACUUCUUGUCUUUCAGCAGGGAAAUCUUGGAUUGGGAUCAACAAAGUUUGCUAUUAGCUGGAUGAUGUCCUUUCUACAAAGUUGUCCUACCAUAAUUACUUUUGUGGCCAGUAUUAUGAAACGAGUGGUGAAGGGGCUUUCAGCUUCAUUUCAGCUGCUGAGUCCCUGCCAGGCAGUUCUGUUGUACCAGCAAUUUUACAUACUCAAGAGCUGCUUGAAGUACAGCAAGCCUCUUGCUGAGUAUAUCAGGAACGACUACAGUGAAGAAUUCAGGUACUUCAUUCACAUGCCAGCCUUGGAAAAGAGGCUCCCAUUGUGUUAUCCUAUUGCCCAGCCGACCACUCAGCUUUUCCAUGAAGUUCUGAAAUUGGUUGAACAGGAACAAUGGUAA